CCUCCAUCACAAGUGCCACCUGGCUAGCUGCCUGCCGCCACUCUUCAUGUUUAACGCGCUGAUGCAGCUGCAUCGAGCGUUGUAGCAGCGCAUACACUCAGGCCAUACGCCCCGAUCCGCUUCCCCAGCUGUCGGCAGUGCCACGCACCCAGAGAGGAGAGAGAGAUGACCUCUGACGCUUUGGAUUCGGACAACGCAUGCCACCCACGAGCGUGCGCCUUGCAAAGCUGCAUGCAAAAGCACUUGGAUCAAGACAAGUGUUCAGAGCAAGUCAAGGAUCUUUAUAGGUGCUGCGGCAAGUUUUACGCGAGGCAUGGGCCCAGCGCAGAAGUGGAUGCUUGCCCCCUCUUGCACGUCGUACAACGCAAAUUGAAAGGGUUUGGCGAGGAAGGCCUGUUGCACGGUGUGCAGGAGAAGCAGCACUGAGCGUGUACCCAUCGGAAACGGUGCGAUGUCGCACAGGUGCAUCAGGCAGGCCUAUCAUCCUAGCGACCUGCCUGCCAGGCCUUGGACCAGCGUAGCCGUCACACCGGACGAACUGCGCCUCUUCAGCUGCAGCGGAGCGGGCUUGUACCUCAGAGAAGACAAGUCGGCUCCUCAUGCGCGUGGGUUCGUCAUCCUCACUACUCAUCGGAUCCUCUUUGUGCCUGCUGCCGAGCUGAGUCCGCACGAUGGCAUCGAGGUGUAUCUGAGGGAUAUCAGGCAGACUGAGCACUACGCCGGAUUCCUGAGCUCGAGCCCCAAAGUUUCUCUUCUGCUCGCUCCGCCCGGCACAUCAACGCAAUCCGAGCGUAUGCCUUCCGCAGUCGCUGCUCCGCCGCCAAGCGCUUCCACUCGACCAUCGAGCACCUCGGCGUUCAGACACCCAGCAGCGUCCGCCGCGCAGAAUGACCUGCAGUACGCCUCGGACGGUGAUGCAUGGGUUUGUGCCAUUUGCACCUUUUCAAAUCAGGCCAGCUCGGUGUGUCAGCUGUGCGGCGUACCCAAGCAGAAAGCGUCGGCUCAAGAGAAUGCGGGCCGCGCUCCGGCAGCGCCGCGGCCACCUGCGACAACGUCUGGUCCAACAGAUCCUCGCGGUUCCUCGACCAGCCAGUCAUCUGGAGGUGAUGAGCUGGAGUACAGGUUGCCGAGCAGGCAGGUGGGCCCAAGUCGCGGCGAACCUGCCACUGCCACUGCAACCACCACUGCGGGGCAAGAUGAAUCCCACAUCCCGACUGCAAAGAGGCGCUCUAGCAGCAAUAUCUGUCCGAUUUGCACAUUCGCCAAUCAUCCUUACCUGCCCACGUGCGAAUUGUGCGGAGCGCCGCUCUCUUCGACCAGCUCCAAGCUGUCGCUCACAUCAAAAGGCGGAAACGAUGGCAGAUGGCAUGGGCAGAAACCGACCGAGUCAACAAAUGGUGCUGUGAAUGGUUUGGAAUCGCUCAAGAUUGCCUUUAGGGAAGGCAAGGAUAAGACGUUUUACAGUGCGCUCAAAGGAGCUCUACGAGCUCGAGCGUGGGAAGACGCGACGGACUCGAGGAUGUCCUUGUUGCAUGAUUUCUCUUCAAAUCCUGAACGGCGAGCAUCUCCGCUCUCUUUGUCCAGUCCGACCGCGCGCAGUAGUCCGGGCGCACACUCACCUGCUGCGGCUCACGCAUCAUUACCCGAGGGUACACGCAGACCCAUCGGGAUAGAUGGGAUCCUCUCCGCAGUGGACGCGCGAGCACAAGCGGACAAUCAAUCGCUCAGCAUUGCCUUUUCCGAUCUGGAAGCGCUAGCCUCUCAAGCUCGGAGGAUGGUGGAUCUCGCAUCCUCCUUGUCGCUCAAGCUGGCAAAAGCCAAAGCGAUCGGCGACGAGUCCGUGAGCGAAGAGACGCAGAGCUUGAUCAGCCAUUCCAUGGUCACGUUGGGAUUGAAGAAUCCGGCACUGCUCAAGACGGACGCAAAGGACGAAAAGGAAUUCUUGUUGGGCUUGGCAAAGGAAUUGGCUGGUUUGCUCUUUGGAAGCGGAAGCGCUGCGCGGGACGCUUCUUCUCGAGCAAGUCCGAACGCGACUGGAGGUCUGAUGGGCCGGGGCAGGGUUAUACAUGCUCGGCAAGAAGGGACGACCCUAGCUGCUACAAGUACACCGGCCGCCGACGAUCCGUCCGAGUCUAUUGAUUCGAACUUCACAGGCAUGAUGGGUCUAGACGAAGCGUGGGUGAUUUGGAAUAGGGCAAGAGGCGUAGCGCUCAUCUCUCCGGCCACAUUUAGAAAAGUGGUGGAUGUGUUGCCCUUGGUGACGAGUCCGAUUAUACGGAUGAGGGUGCUCAGUUCGGGAUUGAGGGUGCUUCAUACGCCUAGAUGGUCCGACGAAUCCUUCCAGAUGAGAAUCAAGAGGUAUUUGUACCCGUUCACAUCGCAAGAACACUCUUCCACCCAGUCCGUCCCACAGACCAACAACGACGAAACGGAGGCGGAUGCGGAGGCGGAGGCGGAAGCGCGCGAUGUGGAGCGCAAUGUGGAAGUAUCACCGUGGGGCGAGGGACUGUCGACGGCUCAAUUGGCCAAUCUAGAAUCGGCGCCCAUAGCAUUCAUAUCGGAGAUGCUGCAGCUGGCCGAAAUGUCCGGUGCGCUACUCAGGGACGAGAAUGCAGCGGGAGGCGGCACGAGAUGGUUUGGAAACUACAUUUUGCACUUUCAGGAGCAGCACCAGCACCAGCAGCAGCGGCAAGGGACCGAUGAGAUGGGCUUGCAAAGAGGGAUGCAACGGUUGGCGCUCGUGUGAUGCUGCUGCUCAAUAGGUGCACUUCAGACCUGCUGAAUGCUCGGAUAACUCAAGCGUACAAGCGACGAUGUAUAGAAGCGUGGAUCGCAGCACAAGGACUAGAGAUGCACAUUACAAAUACAAGGGUGGACGAGCGUGACGGAACUGGCCUGUGCACCGCUACGCACCGCACCGCACCGCAUCGCAAUGCAUCGCGGCGCUGAUUUCUCCUUUAAAGCUGGUUGCGCUUCCUGCCGGAAUUCAUGAAUGGUCUCAAGACCCACUCCACAUCUGC